AUGGCUACCCAGUCGCCGAAGUUGUCGUCACGACCGCCAAUUCUAUUUCUACCAAAUGAUCUUAUCACCAAUAUUCUAUCUCGUCUUAGGGUUAAAUAUUUGAUUCAGAUGAAAUGCGUCAGUAAGUCACGGAACACUCUCAUCUCUCAUCCUAUAUUCAUCAAAAUGCAUCUUAUUCGAUCAUCACUAAAUCCACAAUUCUCACUUAUAUCUUCGCACAAAGGCGAUCACAGUUUUGUACCCUUCCCUGUUACUCUAUUAUGGGAAAACCGUAACAUCGAAAUUCCUCAUGAUCCUUAUUACCAGUUGAAUGACAAGAAUUGUGAUGAGAUUGUUGGUUCUUGCAAUGGACUAGUAUGCUUGGCAGGUUAUUCUCUCAAUGAGAUUACUAGCUAUAAAGAAAUGUGGCUUCGGUUUGUUGGUGCAUAA